AACAAUGCCAUGAUACUUAAUAGUAAUGAUGGGGUAGAGUGCAAGGUUGGAGACCCAUAAAAUGUGUACAAUUAUAAGUUUGAGGGUUGAUUUGGAAAUCCCACCUUACAUCAACAUAUUCUAGAUCUCUAUUUCCAACAAAACACUCAAAUACCAUUAUAAUUUUAUACUAUAGUUUUCUAUACAACUUUAUUUUGUGGAAUACCUUCAUGUAGUUUAGCACCAACCAAAUCUUUUUUUAUCUUAAGGCCCAGCUCAUGAGCAGCUUUUGAAAGCUUUUACCUGCCAAUUACACUCAGACCCUUUAAAUACACUCACAUUUUAGCCUUCUUUACAAAUUGACACUCUCUCACUUCUCUUUUCUUUGGCGUUCUCUGAGUUAUUUAUUUACAGGAAUUUGGAGAGCUUUGUGGUGAAAAUCUAUAAACCUUUACUAGUAAGAUUAGCUGUUACCCAAAGAAAAGAUGGAGAAAACCAUGAAGUUUUUGUUUGCUACAAUUAUGUUGGUGAUGUUGAGUUCUCCUUUGGUAAAUGCUCAAAAAAAGAGCAAGCAUGUUCCAACCCCAACCCCGUCACCGGCCCCUGCGCCAGGACCAGCCUAUGUAAACCUGACUGAAUUAUUGAGUGUUGCUGGCCCUUUUCACACUUUCUUAAACUACCUUCAAUCUACCAAAGUCAUUGACACCUUCCAAAACCAAGCGAACGACACCGAGGAAGGCUUGACCCUCUUUGUACCCAAGGAUAGUGCCUUCUCAUCCCUUAAAAAACCUUCUUUGGCUAACCUCACCCAUGACCAGCUUAAGCAGCUGUGCCUCUUCCACGCCUUGCCACACUACUACUCUCUUUCAGAGUUCAAGAACCUUAGCAGCAUGGGGCCUGUCAGCACCUUCGCUGGUGGCGAUUACACCUUGAACUUCACUGAUGUCUCGGGUAGCAUCCAGAUGACUUCAGGGUGGAGUGUCACUAAAGUUAGCAGCAGUGUUUUCUCCACUGAACCUGUUGCUAUUUACCAGGUUGACAAGGUGCUUCUUCCUGAGGCGAUCUUUGGGACUGACAUUCCCCCUAUGCCUGCCCCAGCACCAGCUCCUGAGGCGAAAGCCCCUGUUGCUGACGCUCCUGCAGAUGUGACUGCAGAUGGAAAAUCGCCCUCGUCCUCACCCUUGAAUGCUUCAGCGUCUUGUAGAGUUGUAGCUAGCUUGGUUCUGGCACUAGCAGGGGGACUUGUCCUACUCUUGUAAGAAAGGAUAGUAUUGGUGGUUUAUAACUUAUAUGGAGUGGGUAUGUUCCCAAUAUUUCCUUUGAUUGUUUCAUCAUUCUUUUAUUCCCCCUUUUUUCUAUGAGAUAUUAUAUUGGAAACAUUGUAUGUGAAAUGUAAGAUUGGUUUUGAGUACCUUGUCUAUCAAUAUAUUUAGCUCAUUUAUGUCUUGUUCAA